GAUAGCAUUACUAUUGAUGAUCGGUUGAGUUGAGUCAGCGAAUCAAAAAUAAAAUUAAAGUACGAUAAAUUCAAGGAAGUCAAAAUGAGCGAAGUCCAAAAGGAAAAUAUUGCAUCCAAUGGCAAUGCAUUGUCAUUCGAUCAUGAUGAAUAUCAGUAUUUGAAGUUGAUCAAAGAUAUCAUCGAAAAAGGAAAGAAACGCGGUGAUCGUACUGGCGUUGGAACUGUAUCAAUAUUCGGUGCACAGAUGCGUUUCAAUUUACGCGAUGGUAUUUUUCCAUUGUUGACGACGAAACAAGUAUUUUGGCGUGGCGUAGCUGAAGAAUUGUUGUGGUUCAUCAAAGGCAGUACCAAUGCAAAAGAGCUACAAGCGAAGAAGGUUCGCAUUUGGGAUGGCAAUAGUACACGUGAAUUUUUGGAUAAAAAUGGUUUUCAUGAUCGGGAAGAAGGCGAUUUGGGACCAGUGUAUGGAUUUCAAUGGCGUCAUUAUGGUGCUGAAUACAAAACAUGCCACGAUGACUAUACCGGAAAGGGUGUGGAUCAAUUGAACGAAGUUAUUGAACGCAUAAAAAAUAACCCAAAUGAUCGACGCAUUAUUAUGAGCGCAUGGAAUGUUGUUGACAUACCAAAAAUGGCAUUGCCACCAUGCCAUUGUUUUGUUCAAUUUUAUGUUGCUGAUGGUGAAUUAUCGUGUCAACUCUAUCAACGUUCAGCUGACAUGGGACUUGGUGUUCCAUUCAACAUCGCAUCAUAUGCCCUCCUUACGUACAUGAUUGCUCAUGUCACUGGUUUGAAACCGGGUGAUUUUGUACACACACUUGGCGAUGCACACGUUUAUUUGAAUCACAUUGAACCGUUGCAGCAACAGAUACUUCGUACACCAAAAGCAUUUCCAACGUUCCGCUUCAAACGCAAUGUUGAACGGAUUGAAGACUUCGUUUUCGAUGACUUUGAAAUGAUUGGAUACAAUCCACAUCCAAAGAUCGAAAUGGCAAUGGCAGUCUGAGGGGAAUCUCAAAAUUACUACAAAAAAUUUCAAUUAAUAUAACAUUACUAUUCAAAGAAUAAAAUAAAUCGGAACAAAAGUGAUAAAAAAAAAUAAA